AGAAAGUGCUCCAGUCCAAUCCGGGCCGCCGGGUAAAGCCUCUCCUAUACGCUCUUCCCUCCCUCAGCCCGCAGAAAACAGUGAAACCCUUCCACAGAGGUGAGAGCGCAGAUGUCAUGAGAAACGCGACCACACGACCAGAGCGCACAGACCGACGCACCGUCCGACCUCAGCCCGCCUCCACGCGCCCCGCUCUGGGAUGCUUAUAGCGCACAGACGCCUCCGCUCCGGGCAGCCAGUGGACGUCGACGCAGAUCAUCUGCACUCUUUUCGUUAUUGUUGUUGUUAUUUUUAACCGAGGAUCUUUCCCCCAGCAAUCCCCCAUCCCCGUUAUUAGUGUUUAUGUUUGUUUCUUCAUGACUGCUGCUUUGGGAAGCGAGACUCAGCACAAGCUCCAGCAACGCCAACACCAUGCGAGCCCAAAUCGAAGUAAUACCUUGCAAAAUCUGCGGAGACAAAUCAUCAGGUAUCCACUAUGGAGUCAUAACGUGUGAGGGAUGUAAGGGUUUCUUCAGACGGAGUCAGCAGAACAAUGCGGCGUACUCCUGCCCGCGCCAGAGGAACUGCCUCAUCGACAGAACAAACCGCAACCGCUGCCAACACUGCCGCCUACAGAAAUGUCUCGCCCUAGGAAUGUCCCGAGAUGCGGUUAAGUUCGGCCGCAUGUCCAAAAAGCAGCGUGACAGCCUGUAUGCAGAGGUACAGAAGCACCAGGCACGGUUGCAGGAGCAGCGGCAGCAGCAGACAGGAGAAGCAGAGGCCUUGGCACGUGUUUACUCAUCCAGCCUAACCAACGGACUGUCCACCCUUAACCAUGAGAUUGGGGGCACCUAUGCCAAUGGUCACGUUAUUGAGCUGCCCAAGGGUGGACAUGGUAACGGUGGCAUAGUCCAAGGUGGCUACUAUGGGAUGGAUUCCACCCAGCCGUCUCCUGAUCAGUCAGGUUUGGACAUGUCGGGCAUGAAGCACAUUAAACAGGAGCCAGUGUACGACCUGACGCCAGUACCCAACCUGUUCAGCUAUGGAGGCUACCAAGACACUCAGCUGGGACCCAACAACGUCAGCAUGGGAGAGCUCGACCGGAUUGCUCAGAAUAUCAUCAAAUCUCACUUGGAGACAUGUCAGUACACAACAGACGAGCUGCAGCAGCUUGCCUGGCAAACACACUCCUAUGAAGAGGUCAAGAUGUACCAGAGCAAGCCUCGGGACGCACUGUGGCAGCAGUGUGCUAUCCAGAUCACCCACGCAAUCCAGUAUGUGGUGGAGUUCGCCAAGCGCAUCUCAGGGUUCAUGGAACUGUGCCAGAAUGACCAGAUCCUACUUCUCAAGUCAGGUUGUUUGGAGGUGGUCUUGGUACGGAUGUGCAGGGCGUUCAAUCCUCUCAACAACACUGUGCUCUUCGAAGGGAAGUACGGAGGCAUGCAGAUGUUCAAAGCUCUAGGUUGUGAUGACUUAGUGAGUGCGGUGUUUGACUUUGCCAAGAGUUUGUGUUCCCUGCAGCUGACAGAGGAGGAGAUCGCUCUGUUCUCAGCUGCUGUACUAAUUUCCACAGAUCGACCAUGGCUAAUGGAGCCUAGGAAAGUUCAGAAGCUUCAAGAGAAGAUUUACUUUGCUCUGCAGCACAUUAUGCAGAAGAACCACAUGGACGAAGAUGCAUUGGCCAAGUUGAUCAGCCGAAUCCCGACGUUGUCAGCCCUGUGCACGCUCCAUACUGAGGAGCUCCAGGCCUUCCAGCAGCUCCACCCAGAAACAGUCAACGUCCUCUUCCCGCCGCUCUACAAAGAACUCUUCAACCCAGAUCCCAACUCUGCCAUGGCCAUGCCCAAGUGACUGCCUGCGGUGCCCGUGCAACAAAUAACGUCAGCAGAGGACCAAGAAAAUAUGAAGACAGCCACGACUGACGAGGCGCCAGUGGAUGUGUCGACUAUGUCAUCACCGUGGCAAACACAUAAUACUAAGCACCCCCAGCCUCAUUUUGGACUGGGGGUUGGUGAUUCAUCCGCCAGAAACUUACAGUUAUCGCCAACAAUACUAGGAAUGUCCAGCACUUAUCCCAUCCUGUUCACCGAUACAGUCUGAAGAAUGUAUAUAUAAAUGAAACGCGCCUCGGGCCACAGCCUAAGCGAGGCUUCCUCCUGUCUCCUGAACUGAACUGACUGACCAGAAAUGUACAGACUUUAAAACAUCUAGGAACAAUUUUAAGCUGUCAAUCUUUAAAAAAAAAUGGGUAAGUUAAUUUGUUUUAACUUUGAAAAAAAAAAACUUUUUGUUUGGUUGAUUUUUUUUCACCUGAAGAAAUUGUGAGGUUGAAGCUGGAUGGGGGAGGGAACUGUGGAUUUAGAGAAGCUAUUGUAGAUAUUCUUCUAGUACAGAGCGGAUUCCAGUAUUACUUCUUGUUCUGUUAAAAUAAGUUAGUCCUAAUUUAAAUAUACAGCAGUCCACAGAGGCUGGCUCUACCUUGUCUAUGUGUUUUUAUUUUAUUUGAUAGUUUCUUGUGUACAGAAUUUGUAAAGUUGAGACUUGUAAAAGAAUAUUGGGUAAAACCAGGAGUGGAUUCGGGGUUUUGUUGAUAUAUAGAAGCCUUGUCUGGAUUUUGUUCAUAUGUAAAGAAGGUACUGCAUCCUUCUAAUGAGAACUUAUAGAAAUGUAAAGAGAGCAUAUGGAGGAUUUAAAGAAAAGAAAGAAAAUAAUGGCUACUACUUUUCAAUGUGAAGAUAUAUACAUAAAUAUUCUAUUUUGCAAAAAAAAUCAGGCAGAUUUGCCAUCCUAUCAAUCAUCGCUGCAAUAACGUCCAACAAAAGCUGGACUGCUUUCGAACAAUCAACCAGAAACAACCAAUCAGAAACUACGACCUCAUUAUAAACCCCUUCUCUUCCCAAUUCCUCGAACCCUGUCCCCUUUUUCUCUUAUAUACAGGAGUCUUGACACUAGUUUUGACUGAUACAUGGACAGAAAUCACAAUGAAGGAGUGACUUCGUUGUCCAUCCGAUAGAAGGUUAAAAACUUGAAUUUAACUCAAAUCUUGCCAAUCUUCAAAACCCUGUUUGAGUGCUGUACGCCCUCAUCCCUCUCAUCACUAUUUGCACAAUCCAGUCCAUGGAUGUCAAUCACUCCAGGCUGUGAAUAUGAAGGACCCUUUUCUCUAAAGAGCAAUAACUUUCACACUGCCUUUUUGAUCUUGCUCCUCUACUUUCCUCCUCUUCCUACUUUUAGCUGUUCAGAACAGGGUAGAAGUUUAUACAAGAAUGCACUAUAUUUGACUCUUUAUCAUGAAUUACGUCAAACAAUCACCUCUGUGGAUGGCACUCAUUCCACAACAGACUCUGUAAUGUUUUAAUGUGAAACAACAUGAUCCGGUGCGGACUCUACAAAAGCACUGAUUGACAAAUAUGAAGAUUGGCUUCCAUCCAAUGACCUUUAAAGCCACUCUGAAAAUUCACACAAAAAGCUGUGAUAGACAAUCACUUUUGGCUUUUUUUUUUAAUCAUGCCAUCCUUAUUAGCACUUACAUAUUUACAUUUUCUUCUGCUGGUUCUACAUUGAUGUUAUGUUGGAAACAUUUGGCCACUGUGUAAAAUCACUUCUGUUUGAAUAUUUUUGAAGUUUUCACAAUCAGGGUGAAGAAAAAUGUCAAAUUAAUGAAGCUACACAUGUUUUACAGUUUCUUUUUGUUCUGCUUUCACCUCCUUGAUAAUCUUUAUAAACUGCUCCCUUUAAAAUAAGUAAUCACUGAAACUGGAGACCAACUUCCAUUUUAACGUGCUAGAUAAAUCAGCUGAUGAAGUUUUUUUACUUGAUACUUUUGACAUAACAGUUUUGCUUAAAUUGCACUCAACUUUUACCUCAAAUUUAAAGACUUUAGACUCUGAUUGAGCAUCAUUUAUGCACUUCAAGUGGAGUUCUGACUUUGGUUGUCUGUUGUUUGCAAGUGUUCGUUACACAGUGGCCAAAUCCUCAACGUAAUGUAAGGGAGGACACACUCAGAUGAGUUGUGUGCUGACUAAAGACACUGAAACAGUUCAAAGACAAAGGAUGUUAACAGCAUGCGAAACAAGCAGUAACGCUCUGCUGAAAUCCAUCUGUUUCAAACUCUUUCCCAGUGAUCCAUUCAUAAGACCCAUCCUUCAUCACCUAACCCGACCCCCCGAUCAAAGGCCAGUGACACUAAAGACAAUCACUUGCUCAUUAAGGCUUGAUGCACUACACAGCAUCUCUCAGGGAGCAGCUCUUUUUCUGACUUUGCAUUAAAAGAGGGUUUAAUAUUUUUGCAAAUUUACAAAAAAAUAACUAUAAAAGAAGUACUUUUUAGGAUAACAAAGGCAUACGCUGCCAACGUAUGCUGGCAAUGGAAUCUGCCCAGACAAGGCUUUGAUAAGUAUGCGUCUGUGUGUAUGUGUAUAGAGCAUGAAUUCACUGUCCAAAUCUCUUUAGAGCCCAGACUGUAUGACAAGCAUUGUUACGUAGCACAUGAAGAAAACAAAAAGAAGAUAUACUCUAUGUCAGUGUGCUCUUGUCACCUCUGUACACUCAUGUUUACUGCUCAUUUUGCUGCUUUCGGGACAGAGAGGGAAGUCCACUAGUAAGCUGUGAAUCAGGAGCCAUCACACGACCCCUGGGACAGUGAAUUCCAAAUCUGAUUAUGAAGUUUUUGUGUGAUGUUUUUAUUUUCCCUUGUUAGACUGUGAAUCACAGGGGUGGGAUGGGGCUGUAAGAGGGGAUAUGUUGGCAAGAAGGAGUGGCAACGCAACACUGUAAGUAAGAAACUGUAGCAAUAAGAACUGGAGGCAUUUACUACUGUCAUGUUUGCAUUGUAAGAUUAUUUUUUAUUUUAUUACUAUUUACUAUUAUUAUUGUUCUUAUUAUGACUACUAUUCUUCUAUUACUAUUAGCCUAUUGUUGUUCUGUUCUAUUUGCAUGACGUUUCCUUACAGUGAAACACUGGGGGCUUAUUUGUGUUUUCUCUUCUCAUGAUAUUGUGAGUUCGUGGGAGGGAAUAUUGGCAGGGUGGGCAGUGGGUUUAGGGCAAACUCCACCUCAAUUCAGUCAGUUCAAAGCAAGUUUUUUUCACAAGCUGAAAUAAUUUUUAAAUAAAAUGCUCUUAUUUAUACACAACCAUUUUAAAAUUUGUUGUUGGAUUUGAAUUUUUUUUUUCUCUCAAUCUUUGAAUGUGUGAGUUGGUACAACCAGUCAGUGAAUGGCCCUUUCUGAACUGGCCUUAUUGAACCGGAUCAGAGACCCUUAACCUGCUCAUGGGAGGGAAAUGAAGUGUGUGUGAGGGGGGGGUUAAUCUAUUCUGAAUGUCAUGGAGGAGCCUGUUCAGUGUGAGGGGCUGAACGAAUCAUACGCCUUUACCACUCAAUCACCGAAGACCGAUACCACAGAGCACACAGGUUUGUCAUACCGUGUGAUGACUCAAAUAAAUUGCGCAAACAUUUUUAAUAAAGUUGAUUUGAAACACAUUUCUUACACUCAGUCAAACACACGCCACCCGACCCUCCUGCUCCCUUUCCUGAGGAAACCUGUGUGAGUGUCAAUGUGUGUGUGAGAGAAAGAAGAAGAAAGAGAGUGAGAUGUUUGCUCUACCAAUGCUUUGUAAACUUCCUUGAUGCAUUACACGUCCGUGCAAUUGGAGUAGUGUUGAAAAUUGUUAAUUUAUUGUUUAGAAUGUCUUUGCAUCCCAGCAAGAGCAAAUAAAACAAAAUGUAGCAAGUCUGUAGCGGAAACCUGAAAGAUGCUUGAGUUACAGAUUCUCUUUUACACAGGACUUACAAAACAAAAUGAAACAAAAAAAAAACACAAUAAGAUGAAACUUUUUCUUUUGUUGUUUUCAAAGUGCCAUAGCUAGUAAGGAGAGGAAGAACUGGCAGAGUGGGGCAUAGACGCUUUACUGUGAGUUUACUUGAGAAACCAAUCAAAAAAAAAAAAGGGGAACUCUGAGGAAAAUGUGUAUUUGAUUACACUGACAAACCGUUUUUACAUUUUAUGCUUUUUGUGGGUGAGAGAGGACUCUGCUGGACUCUGAACUCUGACUUCAGUAUAAAUCAAGAAGCUCUAUAGUUUUCUUUAAUUUUCACAUGAGGAUGAAAGACUGUGUGUGUGUGUGUGUGCGUGUGUGUUUGCAUCCAUUUGCAUUAAAGAGAGCCAGAAACACCCACGGGAUAGAUCGGAGGGGGUUGAAGUUCAGAGCUAUGCAGGGCCCUUACCGAGUCCUCCUUUGAGAUGUACAUACAAUGUGAAGGUCUGAAGUGGUUUUUGUUAAAUUCUAUAUUUUAUCGCUUUUGUAGACAUUUCGUUGUGGGAAGAAAAAAAAAUAAAUGAAAUUUUAUGCGUGC